GGAAGUAAAAUAAGUCGUUGAAUUGAGGAAGCUCCGGCGCUCCUCAUGUGUCAGAACGCAGCUGUAAAGCAUCUGCUGAGGCUUUGACAGCUUUUUGAUGCACAUUUUUGUUGUUUGUAAGGAUCCGUCUGAGUUUUCGAGGCUCUGUUCGUCCCCCGGUUUUGUUCAGAGGACGGCAGCAGAGGACAUGCUGGAGGACUGAGGGACGGAGAGGAUCAGGAACACCUCAUGUGUACAGAUAUAAAGUGUGAUGCCCCGGUGGCAUGAAGUCAAACUCCUGAACAAAGAGGAUCCAGACUAUUGAAUAGCAUCCUGUGGCUGAACUUCACUAGGGGCCUUCCUACCAUCCAGACGCCAUCAUGGCUGACGCAGUGAACGCCCUGCCCUUCUUCUAUGGCAACAUCACCAGGGAGGACGCGGAGGAAUACCUGCAGCAGACGAGCACCAGCAACGGCUCCUAUCUGCUGCGGCAGAGCAGGAACUACCUGGGGGGCUUCGCUCUGUCCGUGCUGCACUCCAGCCGCUGCUACCACUACACCAUCGAACGAGAACCCAAUGAAACGUUCGCCAUCGCCGGAGGGAAGAGCCACAGGAGCCCCGAGGAGGUGAUCGACUACCACUCGCAGGAGAUGGAUGGUCUGGUGUGUCUGCUGAAGAAGCCCUGCAACAGACCCAAGAACAUGCAGCCCAAGGUGGGGCCGUUUGAGGACCUGAAGGAAAAACUGAUCCGGGAGUAUGUGAAGCAGACGUGGAAUCUGGCGGGAUCAGCUCUGGAGCAGGCCAUCAUCAGCCAGAGGCCUCAGCUGGAGAAGCUCAUCUCCACCACGGCCCACGAGAAGAUGCCCUGGUUCCACGGAUCGAUCACACGAGAAGACUCGGAGCCCCGGCUGCAGAGUGGCAUGAGGGCGAGUGGAAAGUUCCUGAUUCGGCAGAGGGAUACGAACGGAUCCUACGCUCUGUGUUUACUGCAUGAAGGACAAGUCAUGCAUUAUCGUAUCGACCGGGACCGGACGAGCAAGCUCUCCAUCCCAGACGGAAAGAAGUUUGACACCCUGUGGCAGCUGGUGGAGCACUACUCAUACAAACCAGACGGCCUGCUGCGAGUGCUGACAGAGCCCUGCUCCAGACCUGAUGGAGACAUGGGGAUGAUCGGACGACCACCACUCCCCCGGGACCAUCCUGGGAUAACUUCUGCCUUUCAAAAUGCAGCCGGUGGACUCUUCAACAAACUCAAAACACAACUUCCCAUACCCGGUAUCAAAAAGCCGGGCCGGGGGGCUCGACAAAGCGCUUCAGAUCUCAACCCGUAUGAAACCAGCGUGCCGGGUUACCCAGAAGUCGGCAAAGAGGCCAUGCCCAUGGACACAGACGUUUACGGGCCGUACGCAGACCCAGACGAGCUGAGGAGCUCCACAGUGGAUCGAAGCCAGCUGUUCCUGGAGGACGGAGAACUGGGAUCUGGGAACUUUGGGACUGUCAUAAAGGGCACCUACGUCAUGAGGAAGACAAGGAAACCAGUCGCAGUGAAAAUCCUGAAGAAUGAUGACAACAACCAGUCGAUGCACGAGGAGAUGCUGCGAGAGGCCAACGUCAUGAAGCAGCUGGACAACCCCUACAUCGUGCGGAUGAUCGGGAUCUGUGAGGCGGAGAGCCUGAUGCUGGUGAUGGAGCUCGCUGAUCUGGGGCCGCUCAACAAGUUCCUGCAGAAACACAAGCAGACCACCAUAAAGAACAUCACGGAGCUGGUGCACCAGGUCUCCAUGGGGAUGAAGUACCUGGAGGAGCAUAACUUUGUGCACAGAGACCUCGCCGCCCGCAACGUGCUGCUGGUCACGCAUCACUACGCCAAGAUCAGUGACUUCGGCCUCUCCAAAGCUGUGGGCGAGGACCAAAACUACUAUAAGGCCAAAGGUCAUGGCAAGUGGCCGGUGAAAUGGUACGCUCCCGAGUGCAUCAACUACUUAAAAUUCUCUUCCAAAAGUGACGUGUGGAGCUUCGGGGUGCUCAUGUGGGAGGGCUUCUCCUACGGACAGAAACCUUACAAGGGAAUGAAAGGAAAUGAGGUGAUGCAGAAGAUUGAGAGCGGGGAACGUAUGGACGCUCCGAUGAACUGUCCGAUGGAGAUAUAUGAGCUCAUGAGGACCUGCUGGACAUACAAGGCAGAUGAACGGCCUGGAUUCGCCGUUGUUGAGCCAAGACUACGAGAGUUUUAUUACGAUAUUGCACAGUGAUUCGUCACGUGGAAGUUGAUGCAAAGCUGUGGUUGAUGAGGAAAAACUGCAUUUAAUCCUGAUUAUGACUGGAGAUGGAUAUGAGAUAUUAAUGCUGUCUGUAAGAUAUUGACUCGAGGAAUAUCAUUAUGCAAAUCACGUUUAUUUUAUUACUUCUCUUGUUCCUUCCUGAAUGUAAACAAUAUGGAGGUUGUAAUAAACAUUAUGCAAGUCUCA